CAUCAGCUCAGUGUCUGGCAGUACCUGGAGAAGCUCAGCAGAAGGAGUCCCCCCACCUGCUGCCUGCCGUCUUGCCUCUGACCAUGGCCUGUCUGAGCCUGGUCCUCCUGAUGGGGACCUUCCUGGCGGUCUCCCCGCCAGCCCUGGCCCAGCCUGAUGCCCUGCUGGUCUUCCCGGGCCAAGCGGCUCAGCUGUCCUGCACACUCAACCCUCCGGAGGCACCCAUCGGAGACUACACCGUGUCCUGGUACCAGCAGCGUCCAGGCAGCUCCCCCCGCUACCUGCUCUACUAUCGCUCAGAGGAGGACCACGGGCGGCACGAGGACGUUCCUGACCGGUUCUCGGCAACCAAGGACCCGGUUCAUAACGCUUGCAUCCUCACCAUCAAUCCCGUGCAGCCCGAAGACGAUGCGGACUACUUUUGCUCUGUGGGCUACUACUGAACCCCUGGGGGCGGGUGGAAGGGGAGCGCCUCCUGACUGCCUCCUGCGUCUACCCUGCCUUCAAUCCCUCUCCUGGGCCUCAUUUUCCCUCCUCUGUAAAAUGGGUCCAUCCUAUGCCACAUGCCAACAAGUAGUGAGUUAUGAGGGCUACUGAGA